ACCAUCUUCACUGCAAUUCCCCGAUGACGGCCUGACUCGUCGCCCUUUUUCUCACACAAAUGCGCUAAUCUCUCAUUUUCUCACAUAUGAUUCAGCAAAUGGAGACGUUUUCUGCCCGUCUGGCCAGUUUUGACCGGGUGCUAUACCCGGAGAAACGCAGGUCGUCGUCCGGCGCGCCUGCGAGUCCGGUCGCUUGGCCGCACAGUCGACCAUCACCUGCUGAGUUGGCGCACGCAGGUUUCUUCUACAAUCCCUACGAAACGAACCCGGACAACACAACAUGCUUCCUGUGCAACAGAGCGCUAGAUGGGUGGGAGGAGGACGACAACCCGAUUACAGAACAUCUAAAGCACACCAAGGACUGCGGAUGGGCUAUUAUGAUGGAUAUCCAACAGCAUAGCUCCAACCCGGCCGAGAUUGAAGAUCCGACAAGCGAGUGGGUAUCACAAGCAAGGCAGGCCACGUUCGGUGAUUCAUGGCCGCAUGACGGGAAGCGAGGCUGGGUGUGUCAGUCCGAUAAGAUGGUCGAAGGCGGUUGGUACUUCUGUCCGAACGAGGAGAGCAACGACUUGGCUACCUGCCCUUACUGUAAACUAUCUUUGGAUGGGUGGGAGCCUAAGGAUGUUCCAUUCGACGAGCAUUAUCGACGCUCGUCGGAUUGUUCCUUCUUCGUCUUUGCCAAACCUGCUGGCAAGAAAGGGAAAGGCACUCGAUCGAAGAAACCCCGGGUCUCCAAGGCGUCAUCUCGCCUCUCAACCCAGUCGACUGUAUCGGAAGCACCGGUACCUGAGCUUGACGAUCUGGUAGACCCGAGCACUCUGCCUCAGCCGACCACGAAAGCGAAGUCAUCAAAAAAGUCGUCUAAGUCUAAGACCAAGGGAACGAAAUCAAAGAAGGAAGAUCCCACGGAGACUGUCACUCAAAUGGAUAUUGACACCGAUCAUGUGCAGCCUGAACCAGCAGCAAAAGCAAAACGGGCCGCGAGGGGAAAGAAAAGGACAAGCGACGAGGUUCACAAGGACGAGGCAGAAAUUGCCGAUGCAGAGCCGGUCGAAGGCUCAGAACCUCCCGCCAAGAAGCGGGCUACAAAGUCGCGUAACAGUACACUGCAGGAUAGUCAUCUAGAAGACGCGCCGAUAGAGGAGGCUCCUCUCGAGGAGAAACCAAAAAAGAGCCGGGCUACAUCCAAGAAGAAAACAAACUCCAAGAGCAGGAAGAUCUCCACAGAAUCGUCCGUGUCGAAGGCCCCUUCGACGUCUGAGAUUCCUCCUCAUUCUGAGCUUGAGGCCGCAGUGGAGGCCGACCUGGACCUCGAUAAAACUAACGACGAUGAGAUGAUUGAAGCGCCCUUGCCUAAGGCAAAGAAGUCGAAGUCUAAAAAGAAGGCAAAGGCGGCCCCGGAACCACCAAACAAUGACACAGAACAUAAUGCAGAAACCGACCCGCAAAUAACUGCGGAUCAAGACCUCGAACAGCUUCCAGAACCCGAACCUUCAGCUGAAGAGGAGCAGCAGAUCAGACGGACGAACAAACGAAAAAGCGCUAGGGCCUCUGCGCAGGGCACUCAAGAGCCAUUGCCUCAAGAAUCGCCUCAGACCGUCACGCACUCCGAACCUGAGGUUAAGGCUAAUGAAGUGACGGAGGUGCGACGCCACGAGUCGUUCGUCUCUGUGGAGAUUCCGGCGCCGAUCCCAACGCAGAAAGCCGAUGGGGAGCAACCCGAUAAGGAUUCCAAAUGUGUUAAACGAAAGGCUUCGUCCGAAAAGCAAAGGAAGUCAAAACAGGCAGACCGAAAGCCUGACGUUGCGGUUUCUCAGGAGGAGCAAGCUGAUACUGAGAACGAGGUCACGGACAGCCCCGAGGAAGAAAAGCCUGAAAGUCCGCAACAAGUUGUGCAGGAAGAGACCCAAGAGCAGACUCCCGAUGAACAGUCUGCUCGGCGCAGGUCGUCUAGAGUACCUCCAAAGACGGCAGAACGAUACAGCGAUAUUCCAAAGGAGAAGCAAUUUGCGAAGUCUCUGGCAGAAACCCGGAACUCCCAUGCCAGUGCCGUGUUGGAAGAUGACAACCAAUCCGAUGAGGAAAGGCCAGAGCCAGAUCCUGUGUCCCCUCUUCCCUCACCUUCAAAGAGCACUUCUCUGUCGCCACAGUCUUCCGAUGCCGAAAAUCAGCCGCCGUCUUUAAAGCCAACUUUGAAACCGUCUGUAUCCCGGGCACCAGUUGCAUCGCCUUCUAAACAAGCCCGAAUCCCACUUGCGACCAGCACACCCUCGCCGUCAAAACGUGGACUGCAGACGAAUAUAAGCUCCUUGAAUACAUCUCAUCCAUGGACUCCCGUUGACAUUGACGGUGUUGUUGUGGCCGGGACCAGUGAUAAGGAAAACAUCGAUUUCAACAGCAUCUUGAACAGUGCGAAGGGCGAGUUAACUAGCCCGGAGAAGAAGAUGAGCGUUGAGGAAUGGAUCAAGUGGAAUGCAAAGAAUGGAGAAGAGAAGCUCAAGCGCGAGUGUGAAAGACUGGUCAGCCAGUUCGAGAGGGAGGGUGCUCGAGCCAUGCACGUUCUGGAGGGCAUUGAAUGUAUAGAUUGAGAUUGAGUCAGUCAUGCGGGUAUUAUUCAGGAGUAUGCGGUCGGGCAAUGGGCAUUGGAUAGGUCUUGGUUUUCAUUUCUUUCUUCAGUGGUACAAUUUCUUCGCAACAAUCUCACUUGAUAACAGUGCGGUCGGUAUAUGCAUAUCAUUUUUUUCUGACGUGACAAUGAAAUUGGAUUGAU